UCCUCCAUUCCAAAUCCCUUAAUGGUUAACAGAAUCAGCAGCUACAAGAAGUCAAGAAUUAGGGUAUUCGAGAAAUGGCUUCCAAUAGUAAAACAUCAGUUGUCCUCUUUCUAGUCCUAAAUCUUCUCUUCUUCACUCUUACUAGCGCAUGUGGCACUUGCCCGGGUCCUAAACCAAAGCCUAAACCAAACCCGAAGCCGAGCCCCAGCCCCGGAAGGGGCACUUGCCCUAGGGAUGCCUUAAAAUUAGGGGUAUGCGCUAAUCUUCUAGGUGGAUUGCUUGGUGUUACCAUUGGGACACCGCCAAAAACUCCAUGCUGCUCCCUUAUCCAAGGCCUCGUCGACCUGGAGGCGGCGGUCUGCCUUUGCACUGCCAUUAAAGCCAAUGUUUUGGGCAUUAACCUCAAUGUUCCUCUUUCCCUUAGCUUGCUUCUUAAUGUCUGCUCCAAGAAGGUUCCACCGGGCUUCAAAUGUGCCUAGGCAACCAAGUUUUAUAAUCUUCGGUCUUCAGUCCUAAGAAUUUGUAUUGUUAAGAUCAUUGCAUUCUUGUGAGUUUGUACUUUUAAGAUUAUUGCAUUCUUGUGCUUGGAAACUUCUCCUUCCCUUAUGAGCAAAUAAGAAAGAAAAGAUUGUUCUUGUGUGAAAGUAGUUCUAUACCCGAGGCCGUCAUUUUUACUAGCUUGUAUUUUCAUAUUAUAAUUAUCAAAAUUGUAUCCAUGUUUCAGUUUAUUA